AGCGUUUAAAUACGGGCUGUUCCAUUGUCCGUCAGUGCAGGGGAGAUUUAUGAAUUAAGUUCUUUUUUAUUAUUAUAUAUAACGUAAGGAGGAGCUAGUUGCAGUGAUACAUUUUUAAAUAUCCUUCAUGAAUUUCAAAAUUUCACUCCAUAAGUUAAUAAAAGUCUCCCUUCCUACAAUAUUUACAACAUAUACGUCAACCCAGAACGUCACAUGGGACGUUCCAAGUGCGCCAAAGCGACAGUGACGGAGCAGUGGCGGUCAGUUGCGGCGGACCUGUGCUGUUUGAAUUUGAGCGCUGGGAAUCCUCAUAAACGGACAACGACAUGGAAGACGAUGGAAGUGCUUUUUCGGGGAUGGAUACCACAACAGUUGCAGUACUGAAAGCUGCUAAUGUCAGCACAGACAUGCUUUCCAGUCUCUCCAAGGAGGACUUGCGAGACCUCUUUCCAGGGCCUGAGCACUUUAUCCGAAGGAUGGCCAUUUGGAGGACCAUACAUGGUGGAAAUGAGUAUGAACAAUUAGCCUACAACAACCAGCCUCACCCAGGCACCUCUGGAUGUGAUGCCACCUCUAUUCCCACUACCCCAACCCCAUCCACCCCUCCAUCCAUCCCCGCACCAGGAGACAGUGCCAGCAGAACUGUACAGCUUGUAUGUCCACAGUUUGUUGUUUACACAGACACAGAGUUGGAGCAGUCGAGAACCGCCUAUUUUGAAAAGCAACGUGCUGGACAAGAAGGCGACUAUACACUCUCCAAAGAGCUUCGCUGCCGCUUAAUAAGGAAUACAGUAACAAGCAUGCUUGCCAUUAAGACAGCUGCUGAGGAUGACUUCCAAUAUCCAUGCUGCAGAGAGCUAUCUGCGAUGGCUAAGCGUCUCAUUGAGUACUACCCGAUGCUGCGGGACAGAACUGCAGCCAGUGGAGAUGAGUGGAAAUCUGUCAAGAAGCAGCUUUUGAAAAGGGUCCAGAACGUGACACCCCCAAAAAAGAGACAGGGAGCAACUCCCUCAAGAAAGAGGCAACGAGCCAUCAUCAAUGAGAGCAGCAGCAAGGAGUCAUCCACUGAUGACAGUGGGUCCACUGCUUCAACUUUGAUCUUGGAAAGAUCACCACAGUCUGGAGGCAGUUCCCCAGAGGCUGAACAGUUGGAUGUACCAGCUUCAGGUUCUGGUCCUGGUGGUUCAUCUGGAAAGAGGAGACAGAGAGAGGACACUCCUGUUGACUUAACACUUCAGACUAAUUCAUCUGAAAGGCCUGAAACUUCUGACAGCCUUCAGAACCAGGCCAGACACUACGGAGUUCUGCAGGAGCUGUACAAAUCCAGGCCCAGACCCAACAAGAAGGAUGUUGCCCAACUGUUGGACCUGGAAUACCAAGCAAGACGGGCUUACAUCAACUCUGAUGUGAUGAGGGAACAGGACAAACCGACCAAGAUACUUCAAGCAUAUCCCUGCUUCAGAGAAGUGGAUCAUAUAAUGGAUGAACUGCAGCGGAUCCUCGAUCAAGGAAACUCUCACUUCAUACCUGAUCUGAAGAAGCGCUGGGGGACCUUUUGUACGAAGAUCCAGUUUUGUGGAGUUUUCAAAAAAGUCAUGAGACCUCCAGUGGCGGAUGAAGUUAAGCAAGCCAUUGCCACAAUGAAAGCUUUGCCUGACAUCUUUCCAUCACCUUUUGCUCCACCCAAGAAGUUAGGGCAUGCGAGUGAGGCUAUGCUUCACAUCCUCAAGUCUGCAGAAGACGCCAACACCUUUCUUCAAACCAGACCACUCUCCAGCCCUGUGGUGAUUGUCACUGAGACCAACUGCAUUCUGGCCAUCGGUACCAUUCCUGUGCUGACCUUCCCAAAGGAGGACAUCUCUGACAGUGUGAUGUACAUCAUGGCAUGCUACUACACCUUUCACCUCACAUACCCAAAGUGCUUGGCCACACUCCUGUCUGUACUCCAGACUGAAGUCCUCAUGGAUGCCAUUCAUGACAAAGACAUGACGUCUUCAUACAAAAAAGCCAUGGCUGAGUGGAGGAAGUUCAUCACUGAGUAGGCUUGUACACUGAGCUCCAGUUCCAGGAAAAGUUUUGUGGUUUGUUUAGUGCGAGAGCAAGGCACUUUCUCGUGUCAAAUGUUUAUUUUAGUUUAUUAUUCAGUUUACACAUCU